AUGCGACCUGCUGAUGUGCCUGAUGAGCUCAAAGAUCUAACUGUCAUCGAACAAAUGUUAAUUGCUAGAGUGCACCCAGUCAUGAAAGUAUAUCAGGUAAGAGCUUCCGGUCGACCUGGUCAGAUACGUUAUAGCGGUAAUAUUAUAAAUGUGGAACAAGACAUCACCGAAAUUACAAGACGCUUACCUUUGACGCCAGCUGAUGUAAACGUCCUCAUUGUCCAGCGUGACGGGGUUUCUGGCCAUAGAGAUUUCAAAGUGCGACGCGAUAAGGUACUCAAAGCACUCGAGUGGCUCAAAAUCAACAACCCACAUUACUCUGACGUUAACAUUGAUAUGGAACAUGUUGCGUCGCUUCCCCAAGAUGGUGAUGUUUCGCAUCAGAUUCGCUUUUUAAACGAAGGUGGUUUCACCGAAGAUGUAACUGACGAAACUGAUAUAACUGAAUCAGCAGUACCAAUAACAAUCCAACAAAGACAAGAACAAGCAAUCAGGUCAACCCUACAAUGGCUGUCGAGUUCUACAACGCCUAUUAAUGAGUUUAGAACGGAAGGGUAUAUCUCUAUGGCUUUUCCUCAUCUCUUUCCGGAUGGCCAGGCAGAUAUUGUCGACUUCACUAGAAACCAAAAACUUCAAUACUCUGAAUGGUGUGAAUUUCUGAUGCAUUACAAAGAUAAACGUUUCGCAAAUGACUGUCAGUUUAGGUUCCAUUGUCUCAACACACUCCAACGCCACGAAGCUUUGAUAAAGAGUGCAAUUUUUUGCAAAAAGAAUGAUUUUACCGGCAGUAUACAACAACUACGUACAGAAUUGAUUCGCAACCCAGCUAUACUCAAAAAGUUGUUGAGUUGGGGAUCCAAGAUUCAAGGAACUUCAACUUAUUGGUAUCAACGACGACUAGAAUUGCAAGCAAUGGUGAACCAGCUUGGAGUUCCAACUCUUUUCUUAACACUAAGCUCAGCUGAUCUUUGGUGGCCCUGCAUGAUGAGACACUUUGGAAUCAGCUCAACAGAGAUAGAAGGCAUGACCGAAGCUCAACUAUCACGUCUUAUGCAGGAAAAACUAAACGAAAAUCCGCUGGUGGCCGAUGAAUACUUCUCGAAGAGGGUUGAAAUCUUCAUGAAAAUCCUCAAGACCAAGUUAAAUAUCGCUGAUUAUUGGUACCGGUUUGAAUACCAACAUCGUGGUAGCCCUCACAUUCAUGCCAUUCUCUGGCUCGAAAACGCACCCGACGUACGGACAUUCGAUUACUGUUUUGAGGAGGAGAUCGAAACUCAUAAAAAGUUCUAUGAUUCGCUCACAUCUGCCAUGAAUCCGCUUAUUAAUGAGCCUCCAGCUGAAGUACAUCCUUCUCGAUUGAAACAUACUGAACUACAACUAUAUGAUACACACCAACUGUCGCAAUUGCUGAACAGAGUUCAAAGACAUACUAAUCAUUCCAGGUACUGUCUAAAAUCCAAUCGCCGGGUACAGAUUUGCCGUUUCAACUUUCCAAAGCCACUACAAGAUGUAUCGACACUUCAAAAAGACGAAAAAGGUAUUUGGCAGUAUACACCCAGAAGAAAUGAUGCUUUACUCAAUGACCACAACAUCUUUGUGGCCCAAAUAUGGCGUGCAAAUACAGACUGCAAAGUAAUUACAUCGGAGCACGCAAUUCUAAACUACUUAUCGAAGUAUGCAUCUAAAAGUGAACCACAAUCGCAGAGCUUCAUGGACCUCUUCAACAACAUUCUCGUCGACUGUCAUCCUGAUGAUCCCGUACAGAAGGCAUUUUCUAAGAUGCUCAUCAAAAUAGUAGGGCUUCGAGAUAUAUCAUCGUGCGAGGUCAUGCAUUUGUUGGCUGGUAUUCCAUUAUAUCAUUGCACAAGGCACAUUGUCAAAAUAUAUAUUGGACUUGACGACUUCAAUUUGAUACCUCUAGAUGACUCUGAUCAAUUUGUACAUCAAUCAAUUCUCGACCGCUAUCGAACGAGACCAGAGACGACGAAUGACAUGACUUUGAGUCAAUUCGCAACGAGAUACAAUGCAGUACGCAACCAACUUCAACAAUGUAGAAAAAUGCGUGUGCUUCAGGUAUUACCUAAGUAUCCACUAGGAAUUGAUGACGAAAAAGAUGAGAUUAUCUACAAACAAAAACUAUUGCUAAACAAACCAUGGAGAUCUGUGGAAGAAUUGAAAACUUGUGAUUCUUGGAAAGAGUCAUUCUUUGCAGCUAACAUAACUGUCUGGGAACUGGAUGAAAACAACACUUCACCACAUGAUCCUGACGACAUACCUGCUUUGGAAAAUGAACCAAGAGACUGGAUGGCCAUAGCCGAGGCAUUUCCACACGAAGCAGUAACUGACACUGUGCUUGGAUACAGAGAUCAGGAUCGAGAUUUUGAAUGGUACGCAAUUAUUAGAAACUAUCCAGGAUUGGAAGCCCAAAUCAAUUUCAUCCGACAAGCUAAAGAAAAUUAUGUGUGCCAGCGCGAACUUGCAACCAGUGACAACUUGGAUCUAAAUCCGGGACAGCAGAAUGUGAUAAACCAUCUGCAUAAUCAACUGGUAGGAGUUACAACUAGAAAGCUGACAGUUGUGCAAGGAGCAGCUGGAACAGGAAAAUCUUGCCUGAUACGCAAAAUGGUCACCAUUGUCGAAUCAAUACACGGACCUGGCUCCGUGCUGCUCAUAGCGCCAACAGGCAUGGCUGCCAACAAUAUCAACGGAACAACAAUUCAUUCCGCUUUUCACUUGAUGCUUUCGAGAGGUGGUGCAAUGCCAGAUCUAACGGGGGAAAGCGAACGUAAUUUUCAGGAUAAAAUGUCUACAAUUAAAGUGAUCAUUUGCGAUGAAAUGUCUAUGGUUGGAAUGAAGCUUCUUGCUACAAUUGAUCAGAGGUUACGACAGGCAUACCCGGAGAAUCAAUCGGUGGAAUUUGGUGGCGCUAUAAUGUACUUGCUCGGUGAUUUCAAUCAACUGCCGCCAGUCGGUGAUACAUCACUGCUGGGGAUUGCUAAAUCGUCCAACAUGCUAGCAAUCAGAGGACAGCUGCUGUUCGAAAAAUUUAAUACGGUUUUCGAGCUGAAACAGAUAAUGAGACAGGUCGGAGUCGAACAAGAAGCAUAUCGCAAGACGUUAAUCAACAUUGCUAACGGCAAAGUGACCGAUGAUGACUACGAUCUCCUGCAAUCAAGGUUUGCGUCAAACGUUAGGAGUUCUUUCACUGAGUUCAGUGGAUGCAUCCAUUUGAAAGCAAAAAAGGAAGACAUCAUCGAAUAUAAUGAGCAUAUGCUCCGCCAACUGAAUAAACCCGUAGCGAUAAUACGUGCUAAGCACAAUAACGUCACAGCAAUCUCUGGUUCAACCGAUGACGCCCAAGGCCUUCCAGCAACAUUGUGGCUAGCAUCGGAUUGCCGAGUCAUGCUUACGCAAAACUUAUGGACUGCACAAGGUUUAUGCAACGGCACGCUAGGAACGGUCGCUGACGUAAUUUAUCUGUCAACUGAUACCGAUGAUCAUUUGUCCGACUUCCCAGCCUGCGUAUUAAUUCGUUUCGAUAACUACAAUGGUCCUUCUAUUUUCAACGGUUUGGUACCUAUUCUUCCCCAGACGGUUAGUUACAAAAAAGGAACUACGGCUUGCACCCGCAAACAAUUUCCGCUUGAUUUAGCUUACGCAAUAACCAUACACAAGUCUCAAGGAAUUACAGUUGAUCGUGCUGUAGUUGAUAUUGGCAAUUCGGAAUUUGGACUAGGGCUUACAUACGUUGCUCUCUCGCGCGUUCGCUCUUUGGCAGGAUUGGUGAUCGAGCCGUCGUUCCCUAAAACACGGUUAACUUCUAUCAACAAUCAUAUCGGAUGGAACCGUAAGCGCCCGGCAUUGCAACGAUUAAGAAACUUAGCAAAUUUAGGUCAAUAA